CGGGUUAUCAGGUAUUGUUUUAGCCAACUACCACAGUGACACUCGAAACCGAGCUUCCAAGGUAGUAAUACGGUUAAAAUAAACAGAUUUGAGGUCUCUGAAGUUUCAAAAGGUGGCAAAUGACGCCCUAAACAAUUUAGAAGCUCAGCCUUUGACGUGGAGAGACAGAUUCAGCAUGGAAACUUCUUCUAAAUCUCCCAGGAGUACGAAACAUCACUCACGGUCCAGAUCACGUUCAAGAGACCGAAAACGCAAAUCAGGUGACAAGAAACACAGAAGAUCCCGGAGCAGAAGCAAAGAGGCGCGGCGGAGAGACUCUGAGAAGUCGCUGAAAUCGCACAGCCGAUCAGAGGACAUGCAGAAUUCCGAUAAGGACCGAGAGAGACUUUCUGAAGACAGCACAGAGGACCGACAUCGAAGAAAGGAGAGGAAAUCCUCUAGAGGAAGAAGUCAAUCUAGAUCACGCUCACGGGAAAGCAGACGACAUCACAGUCGAAGUCGGGACAAGCGACGGUCUCUGUCCCGCAGCCGUGAAAGACGAUCAAGAAGCCGUGACAGGAAGAGGCGGGCUAGGUCCCGGUCCCGGUCCCGUUCCCUCUCCAGAAGCAAACACCGACAGCGCAGCAGAAGCAAACACCGACAGCGCAGCAGAAGCCGCAGUAAGAGCAGGGAGAAGAAAAAGAGGAGUGAAAAACCGAAGAGGAAGACUCAUAGCCAGUCACCCAGUCCUGUGGCUUUCAGGGGCAGAAACACAGCCAUGGAUGCCCAAGAGGCUUUGGCCAGGAGGUUGGAGAGAGCUAAAAAACUCCAAGAACAGAAAGAGAAAGAGAUGCUGGAGCAACAGCAACAACAGCAGCAGCAACAGCAACAACAAGAGCAGCAACAACAGCAGCAGCAACAGGAGAUGGCAGCAGCAGCCGUAGCGACGCCGCUGCUCUGUGAAAAUGUCCCGGCUGCGGCAGCCAGCCCUGUCCUCAAUGUGGCAGCACUAUUGGCUUCAGGAACGCAGGUCACACCACAGAUCGCUAUGGCAGCACAGAUGGCUGCCCUACAGGCCAAAACGUUAGCCGAGACGGGCAUUGCUGUACCAAGCUACUAUAAUCCCUCAGCUGUCAACCCCAUGAAGUUUGCUGAGCAAGAGAAGAAAAGGAAGUUGUUGUGGCAGGGAAAGAAGGAUGGGGACAAGUCACAAACAGCUGAACUGUGGGAGAAGCUAAAUUUUGGCAAUAAGGACCAAAACGUCAAGUUCCGCAAAUUAAUGGGCAUCAAAGCUGAUGAUGGAGCUUCUGGUAUGCUCAAUGAAGAAGGCCUAAAGACACUGCAGCAGCAGGAAGAAAUGUUUCGCAAUUUGGACGUCCAGUAUGAGAUGGCCCGCUCACAGACACACACGCAGAGAGGAAUGGGCCUUGGCUUCUCUUCGUCUUUUUCUUCACGAGGAAUGGAUGCCAUCUGAGUGCUGUUUAUACUCUUCCAUCAAUGUCUCCAGAAGUUCAACUGGGUUUUUAUGUGUGUAUAGAAAGCUGAAACUUUAAAUCGCAUGGAUGUUGGUUGCAUCAGAUCUGUAAUUUAUUCAAACAUCACCAGUUUUGUCUAGAAAGGAUCCACAUGUAAAUACACCUAAGUGAUUGGUCUUACAUCUUUGUUAGGCUAGUACUGCGAAUCUCUCUGGAAAAUUAUGCAAAGGUGCAAUAUGGUAUUGCAGAGCUUUAAGAGGGAUUCAGAAUAUUAGAAUUAGGCUAAUGGUAUUGUAACCUUUUUUCCCCCCUAUUAUGUUUUUAUUUUCUUACUAUAAUUCAAGGUUGUCCAGGUGAGUAGAGCAUCAUUGUUGCUUAGAAUCUUGCUAUGAGUAACACCUGACUGCAUUGUAAGACACUGGCAUAGUACCACAACAGGUGUGCCAAGCUAUUGUAACUGCUUAUGACAGCCUGAUUAAAUUUUUGUUAGUUCUCAUGAAAAA